GCUGAAAUCAAAAUGUCAAACUCGACUCCCAAAUCAGGGGGGGCAUCGAAAGUCCAUCCUUGUCGUAUUGCGGGACGAACGUGCAGAACUUUCCCGUCCAGACCAGGCUUUUAAGUCGUAGCACGUGGAUUCAUUCGACUCAAAGACCUCACUCAUGUUGAAUCAUGUUUUCAACCACGUCUCUCCUUUCCCUACCCUACGAGAUUCGACACCAGAUCUGGCAGCUAGUCAUUUUCAGGCUGCAGCCAUGCGCAUGUCUUGCAGCACCACGUCCACAGGCCUGUACGGUGACGUUAUUACCCAGCAGAUGUAUACAAGAUUUCAAGGUGGACGAGGAAUUCGACAACCGCAUCCUGCGUGUGUGUCGGCAAAUCUGUAACGAGGUCAGGCCGAUGCUGUUGGAGUCACCUCAAGUCUUGACUGUGUGCAACGCGGUGUGUCUGGAUGAAUUGCUGAGAAGCGUCCCCUCGAAACGCAGAGGUCAGUUUCGACGGAUCAGAGUGCGGUUAUAUAUUGGCCAGGUCAAGGAGGAGGACUUGAGAGGAUUAAAGGGGCAAGACUUACUCAGAGAAGCAGAGUCUUGGUGUGGUCCAUUUGUGCAGAUGGCCCUGAGGAAUAUUGGAGUGUCUGACAUCGAGUCUGUAGAUUUGGUUGGGAAUGUUGAAGUUCAUGAGCAAUUGAGAAGGACUGUUUGGGUUGAUAUCCGGCUUAAAGGUCCGGGUUCAUGAUGGGCUUCUUGAAGAGGGACCACAGUUUACGCUGGAUGGGCAACGACAACAAAUGGAUAAGCGCUAGGAAAGAAAAGCGACAUGGGAGGAGGAACAUGGAUGUUUUCGAACCGAGUCCCUCGAAAUUGACCCACUCGUUCACUCUAUAUCUUAGUCACCAAGCUCUCUCCACCGUCAACCAGGUUCCUCGGGUAUUUUUGUUCACUUCUCUCGGUGUUUUGUUGGGUUUCCUCGUCAACCCCAGGGCAUGCAAGUAUUGUCAUCCCUUACCAUCAUCAUAUAACCCCAUCUACGAUUGGCCGACAAUGCCACCCGUCAAAAAGAUAGGUGCCUUGUUGCUGAAAUUCACCACGUCGCCCAUAACCACCUUGGCCGACUCACUCGACACAGCCUUGCCGAUGCUCUCAGCUGAAUCCCAGGUCAAGAUGGCGCCAUAGGUGUAUGUUUGUGAGCCAUCUGGGCCAGGGUUGAACUUGACCACAGUCCAGUUUUUCAAGCCGUAUGGUCCCCAUUUCUCUGCCACCAAAGGCAUAUGUGUCUUGAGGUAGUAGUCGAGGUCGAAUGUCGAGUCGCCCUCGGCAGGGUAGAGGACAGUAGCGUUGGCUGACAUGUUGGUGGUGGUGGAGGAGGAGGAGGAGUCUUGGGUUGGUUGUAUUAGGGUUUGGGGGGGAUUCAGAGUGUGAGAUGGGAUUGAAUGGUGGGUGAUGAGAGACGGGAAACGGAUGAAGGGGCACGCAGGACUUGAGAGACCUCAGGAGACCUCAGGUGGCCUGGUGGUAUUUGUAUUCCCCGUCAGAGAGCAUGCUGGAAAACCUCGGGGCAAUGGUAGUGAUCCUACGUGAUGUGCGACUCGCCAUCCCCUCCAAAGGUAGACUCUAGUAGCAUAAAUGUUG